UAGACUAUCCCGUCUUACACAAAUUAUCAGUCAGAAACUGAGCAACUUCAGCCUUUUUCUAUAGGAUGUCGCGCCGCAAGCAAGCUAAGCCAAGAUCUCUGAAAGUAGAAGACAAUGUGACAGAGGACCAGCACAGUCCUGGGCGGACUGCCAUUCCGAGCGAUCCAGAGUGCGCCCUCGAGAGGGCGGCGGAGGAUGGUGAGACCGGGCGUCUGAGGAAGAGACUGCUCUCUCCAGAGGAAGGAGAGGAGGGAGAGGAGGAGGACGAGGAGCCUGCACUGCACAGCUGCGACAGCUGCCGGCAGGUGUUCGAGUCGCUGAGCGAUCUCACCGAACACAAGAUUAAUCAAUGCCAGCUGACAGACGGUGCUGAUAUUGAGGAUGACCCAUCAUGUUCUUGGCCAGCAUCAUCUCCCUCCAGUAAGGACCAGACUUCUCCAGGACACUGUGAGGACUAUGACUUUGGCGAGGAUGAAGGGGGCCCUGGUCUGCCAUACCCAUGCCAAUUUUGUGACAAGUCCUUCAGUCGCCUAAGCUUUCUCAAGCGCCACGAACAGAGCCACGGGGAUAAACUCCCAUUCAGCUGUACCUUUUGCAGCCGUUUGUUUAAGCACAAGCGCAGCCGCGAUCGACACGUUAAGCUACACACAGGUGAUAAGAAGUACCACUGUGGAGAGUGUGACUCUGCCUUCUCCCGCAGUGAUCACCUCAAAAUCCACAUGAAAACUCACGCCUCCAACAAACCCCACAAGUGCCCUGUGUGCCGCCGAGGCUUCCUUUCCUCCAGCUCUCUUCACGGACACAUGCAAGUACACGAAAGAGGCAAAGAUGGCAGUGGCUCAAGCCUUUCUAGAGCUGAUGAAUGGAAGCUGAAAGAAACCCGUAAAUGCAGCCGUUGUGAGGAGGGCUUUGAUGUCCCAGAAGAGCUCCAGAGGCACAUUGCUGAGUGUCACCCUGAGUGCUCGCCAUCAGAGGAUGGAGGCCUGGGGGCCACCCUGCAGUGCAUCUACUGCCAUGAGCCCUUCAGUGAUGAGGGAACCCUGCUGACCCACAUUGACCAAGCUCAUAGUCGUGACCGGAAGGGUCACACCUGUGCUAUCUGCUCUGAGCACUUUUUGUCUGUUGAGGACCUCUAUGCUCACAUGGACAUCCACCAGCUCCCAGAAUCUAGUAACCAUAGUAACAGCCCCUCCUUGCUGACUGUGGGCUACACCUCUGUCUCUAGUACCACUCCUGACUCCAACCUUUCUGUCGAUAGCUCCACAAUGGUGGAGACAGCGCCACCUGUGCCCAAGACAAGGGGAAGGAGAAAGAGAGCUGCUCAGAACACAUCAGACAUGGGACGUUCCUCCAAACAGCCUAAAGUUUCCUACAGUUGCAUCUACUGCAACAAGCAAGUGUUUUCCAGUUUGGCUGUGCUUCAGAUACACCUGCGAACCAUGCACCUGGACAAGCCAGAGCAGGCCCAUACUUGCCAGUUUUGUUUGGAGGUUCUGCCCUCUUUAUUAAAUCUAAAUGAACAUCUUAAGCAGGUCCACAAUGCAGAGGACCAUGCUGCCCUGUUAGCCAGCUUACCUGAUGCCCUUCUUCAGUGUAACUUCUGCCCUGAGGUGCUGAGUGAUCUCAACGCCUUGCAGGAACACAUCCGAUGUUCCCAUGGCUUUCCCAGCCCUGUGGCCAAGGAGAGCAAUGCCUUCUUCUGCCCCCAAUGCUUCAUGGGUUUCUUGACAGAGGCCACUUUGGAGGAGCAUGUUCGUCAGACUCACUGUGAUGGGGGAAGCCUGCGCUUUGACUCCCCUCUGGCUGUUACCCCCAAGGAACCUAUAGUAGAAGUGUACUCUUGUUCGUACUGCACCAAUUCUCCCAUAUUCAACAGUGUUUUGAAGCUUAACAAGCACAUCAAGGAGAAUCACAAGAACAUUCCACUGGCGCUGAACUACAUUAACAAUGGAAAGAAAUCCUUGCGCACUCUCAGUCCCUCUUCUCCAAUAUCUUUGGAACAAACUGCCAUGCUGAAGCAAGGUAGCUCAGCCUCACGCGCUACCAGUGAGUUCAUAUGUAACCAGUGUGGAGCCAAGUACACCAGCUUAGACCUUUUCCAGACUCACCUGAAAACUCAUCUGGAUGGCCUACAGCCUCAUCUCACCUGCCCACAGUGCAACAAAGAGUUCCCAAACCAAGAGUCCCUGCUGAAGCAUGUGACAGUUCACUUUACUAUAACCUCCACUUAUUACAUCUGUGAGAGUUGUGACAAGCAGUUCACUUCAGUCGAUGAUCUGCAGAAGCACCUACUUGAUAUGCAUACCUUUGUCUUCUUUCGUUGCACUCUGUGCCAAGAGGUGUUUGACUCAAAGGUGUCUACCCAACUCCACCUUGCUGUAAAACACAGCAACGAGAAGAAGGUGUACCGCUGCACCUCCUGCAACUGGGACUUCAGGCAUGAGACAGAUCUGCAGCUACAUGUCAAACAUAGCCAUCUGGAAAACCAGGGCCGUGCCCACCGCUGCAUUUUUUGUGGGGAGUCCUUUGGCACAGAAGUUGAGCUGCAGUGCCAUAUCACCACCCACAGCAAGAAAUAUAACUGUCGCUUCUGCAGUAAGGCCUUCCAUGCCAUCGUCCUGUUGGAGAAGCAUUUGAGGGAGAAACACUGUGUGUUUGAGGGAAAGGCACAGAAUUGUGGUGCUAAUGGCUCUACUGUAAGUGGUGGUGAUGGCCAGCCUAAAGAAGAUGCUGAGCUACAAGGUCUCCUAACCAACAGCCAUGGCACAGGGGCUGUAGGAGGAUCUGUGGUGGAGUCCCACAACAGCCAUGAUGGAAGUGAGGAAGAGGUGGACACUGCAGAUCCCAUGUAUGGGUGUGACAUCUGUGGGGCAUCUUACACCAUGGAGUCACUCCUCACUAACCACCAGUUGAGAGACCACAAUAUACGCCCUGGUGAAAGUGCCAUGAUGAAAAGGAAAGCUGACAUGAUCAAGGGCAACCACAAGUGCAAUGUCUGCUCUCGCACCUUCUUCUCUGAGGCUGGGCUGAGGGAACAUAUGCAGACCCACCUUGGGCCUGUCAAACACUACAUGUGUCCCAUCUGUGGGGAGCGCUUCCCUUCCUUGCUCACCCUGACUGAGCACAAGGUCACCCAUAGCAAGAGCCUGGACACAGGCAGCUGCCGCAUUUGUAAGAUGCCUCUCCACAGUGAGGAGGACUUUCUGGAACAUUGCCAGAUGCACCCUGACCUGAGGAAUUCCCUGACAGGUUUCCGCUGUGUGGUGUGCAUGCAGACAGUUACCUCCACAUUGGAGCUCAAGAUUCAUGGUACCUUCCACAUGCAAAAGACAGGCACUAUGUCCUCCAACCAACCCAUACACCGCAACCAUGUCAUCUCUCACAACCAGCCGCAACACCAUGUCCAGAAACCUUUCAAGUGCGCUUCAUGCCUGAAAGAUUUUCGGUCAAAACUGGACCUGGUGAAGCUGGACAUCAAUGGACUGCCAUAUGGACUUUGUGCAUCCUGUGUGACAGCUGCUGGUUCCAAGAGCUCCAGCCCAACAGUGAAUGGCAGUAGGCAACAACAGCAGCAUGGAGGUGUCAUCAAUCCAGCAACAACCACAUGGAUCCAGGGGGAGAGUCUCAGCCCAGGAGAGGGGAAAGGCAAAGCAGUCUCUUCAUCAUCUUCAUCCUCUUCUACAUCAUCCUCAUCUGCUGCAAAGACACGAUGCUCCAGCUGCAAUGUGAAGUUUGAGUCUGAAGCAGAGUUGCAGAACCAUGUCCAGACAGUGCACCGGGAACAGGCAGGGGACAGUAACAGUGGGCAGCUCAAGACCCCCCAGGUGUCCCCCAUGCCCAGAGCCAGCCCCUCACAAACUGAAGAGAAGAAGACAUACCAGUGCAUCAAAUGUCAGAUGGUAUUCUACAGUGAAUGGGACAUCCAAGUUCAUGUGGCCAACCACAUGCUGGAGGAAGGAUUGAACCAUGAAUGCAAGCUCUGUAGUCAGUCAUUCGACUCACCAGCAAAGCUUCAAUGCCACCUGAUUGAGCACAGCUUUGAGGGCAUGGGCGGAACCUUCAAGUGUCCAGUCUGCUUUACAGUGUUUGUCCAGGCCAAUAAGCUUCAGCAGCACAUCUUCUCUGCCCACGGCCAGGAGGAUAAGAUCUAUGACUGCUCGCAGUGCCCACAAAAGUUCUUCUUCCAGACAGAGUUACAGAACCACACGUUGACUCAGCACAGCAGCUAACAUGGCAAAGAUCAGCGCCACGGCCAAGAACAAGGAUCACAUGAUGCAGAGAAUAAUGUCUGACCGCCAAUUACCAUCAGUGCAGUUUCCCACUGACUGUCUUGCACUGAACUUUCGAUUCAGUUACACCACAAGGAACCAUGCCACAGAAAGAAAAAAGAAAAGCAAAGAAAAUAAAAGGGAGUGGGGGGCAUAAAAGAACCCUCUCUGUCCUUUACUAACCAUUAUUUCAAAAAUAAAGAAAAAGCCAACUUGUUUGUACAUAGAAUUCUUCAUGUGUUGCUUAAUUACAGCUAUAUUGCAAUCUUAUACAGUAUUUGCCAAUGUACAGUUCAAAAUGUUUGUUCAAAAAAGAGGAGAAAAAAAAAGAUCAAUGACAUUGUCAAUCAAACCAGAUGGGACUCAACCAGUUGUGUAAAGGAAAAACAGGGUGCCACUGAGAGCGUAGGAAGCUGUAGGAACCGGCAAAUGUUGUCAGGAGGACUCUUUUCAUCAGCGCCACUCCUACUGCGCAGUAUGUCACUCUGUAUCCUGACAUGGUCAAUCAUUAUGGGGUAGAAAUCUUGAUUCACCAGCAUAGGCUGUGAUCUAGUCUGUCUGUCUGUUGUAACAGGGCUACCAGAGGACCAGCCGAGGACAGUUGUGCGACUAAUCUGCACUGCCUGCGCUGGAGUUCAGAUGAGAACGGGGGGAAAAAGAGAGAAAGAGAGUGAGAGAGAGGGAGAGAGAGAGA